AUGCUGUUUCUGCUACUCCCCUUGAUCACUGCUCUCUUCCCAGGAGGUGACAGUGAAUUUGGGUUUGAAGAGCCUGUCUCCUAUCAUAUCAUGUGGAUGUUAUCCUUUCACAACCAUUCCUGGGCACAUCUGUGGUCAGGCUGGUUGGGGGAGCUGCAGAUUCACAGCUGGAACAGCAGGUCUGGUGCCCUCAUUUUCCUGUAUCCCUGGUCCAGGGGCAACAUCAGUAAUGAGGUGGUGAUGGAUGUGGAAAGGACUUUCCAGAUCCUCAUUAUUAGCAUUAAGGAAUUUGUCAUUGAUGACUUGAUGCUUGAAGAUCCCUUUGAUCUGCAGGUGGCAAUAGGCUGUGAACUGCACUCUGGGAAGUCCUGGGUAGGCUCCGUGCAGGUAGCUAUCCAAGGACAUGACUUCAUGAGCUUCCAGAAUAAAACAUGGUCACCACCUCCCAUGGGUGGAAGAGAGGCCCAGGAAAUCUGCGAGCUGUUCAAUCAGGACCAAGACAACACAUAUUCAUUACACAUGCUCCUCAGUGAUGACUGCCCACAUUUCACCUUGGGUCUGCUUGAUGCAGGGAAGGCUCAUCUUCAGCGACAAGUGAAGCCUGAGGCCUGGCUCUCCAGUGGCCCCAGUCCUGGACCUGGCCGUCUGCUGCUGGUGUGCCAUGUGUCUGGAUUCUACCCAAAGCCCGUGUGGGUGAUGUGGAUGCGGGGUUACCAGGAGCAGCUGGGCACUCAGAGAGGUGACAUCCUGCCCAAUGCAGAUGGGACGUGGUAUCUCCAAGCAACCUUGGAUGUGGCAGCUGGGGAGGCAGCUGGCCUGGCCUGCAGGGUGAAGCACAGCAGCCUAGGAGGGCAGGACCUCGUCCUCCACUGGGCACCUCAUAGUGCCCUGGGCUGGAUCCUCUCAGCCGUGACAGUGGCCCUGGCUCUUCUGACAGGUCUUGGAUUUUGGUUUAGGAAACGCUGGUGA